AUGGCUAAAAGAGAGAAGAGAAAAUGCUUAGCUUUGAAGAUUGAUUUCGAAAAAGCGUUUGACAGAGUUAGUUGGAGUUAUUUAAGAUACAUUCUACGUAAAAUGGGAUUCGGAGACAAAUGGCUCAAGUGGAUGUUGGCUUGCGUUUUCACCAGCUCUGUGUCGGUUAUGAUUAAUGGUGGCGUUACGACGGAUUUCUCUAUGGAAAAGGGGCUUAGACAGGGAAAUCCCUUAUCUCCCUUUCUCUUCGUUAUGGCCACAGAGGGAUUAACUAGAAUGGUGAAAAGAGGAACGGAAAUCGGUGAUUAUUCCAGGUUCUUUGUCAACGAUGAUGUUAAAGUAGAUAUCCCUCAGUUCGCUGAUGACACAAUCAUUCUUGGAAAUGGAUUCUCAAUGGAAGGUAUACUUCCUUCUGGUACAGCCGCUGGUUGGGAUCACAAUUAUUGA